AUGAAUUUGAACUCCAAUAAAGGAGCUGGACCGGAUGGGAUUCCAAACAUCUUCCUCACAAUAGAGACGCGGGACACACUACCGUCUCCGAAAGAGCUGAAAGUAAAAAUCCUUGAGUACAAUGAAUCCACGCGGGAGGAAAGUGGAAAUGACCUCGUUGCAAUGGCGUUUUGCCCAAAGAAAGGUCACGUACAAUCGGGCGGGAAACGUGAGUUCAGGUGUUACAAAUGUGGGGGAAAGGGACAUAAGGCUAAUGCCUGUCCAAGCAAGAAAGUAAAUAAAUCCCCAAGUAAGCCCAAUGACUUGGCAAAUAAUGUUGAUGCGGCCUUCACAGUGAGUCAUACUGUAAUGAAUUCUGAUUGUGUGUAUAAAGCAGCAACUAAAGCUGCCAAUAAGCCACGGGUUUUAGACAGUGGGUGUACGUCACACUUAUGUGGAACAUUCACUAAGCUAAUUGAGAAGAUGGUCUUACCUCAACUGACUUCCUCCUUCAAAAAUAUUAUUUCAACUAAGCAACAUGGCUUUGUAGGCGGUAGAUCGACGACAACCAGCCUGUACACCUAU